AUGUAUGAUGAACCUGAUCUUUUACUUAAUGAAGGAACUUGGCGACAUGACACAUAUGAUACAUUAAAAUAUCUUCUCGACCCACUGAUAAGCCAAAACAAAAGAAAAGAUCAUGUAUUAAAGUGUAGACGCUAUUGGGCAGAAACAACCUUAGAAGCAUCUUCAGAAAGAAAGAGAAAAGUACAAAAGAAUAAAACUAGGGGACGGAUGGUAGAUUUUGUUCUUCGUCUCAGGAGCUUAGAAAACAAAAAUCUUGAACUUUUUGUAUGUGAAAUUGCUGGCGGACCAUACAAUUUGAAAUCAGAUAAAAUUUUAUCUGAUAAAUGUAAAGUCUUUCGUGAACUUCGUGAUAUGUUGGCGGGAAUAAUUAGAUAUUUUAUAAUAAAUUAUAAAGACCGGUUUACUGAUGAUAUUGUGAAUAUGCUUCAUAAAAUAAAAGUAUAUGCAGCUAUUGGAUUUG